AGCUCUCUCCCCUUGACCGCUCUCUUCCCUGCGCGAAUGGCGUACACGCAGCUCCCCCUUCUCCGCGCUCUCUUCGCCGACGCGUAGCUGACAACUCUCUUCCCUUACCUCACCGCGUCACCGCACUGCUCUACUAGCGCUACAAGCAGCUAUCGUGUAUUCUCGGCUCUUUCCGCCGAAUUUCGGGCCCCUCGAUGCGCUUGGCGUUCUCUACCUAUAGUAUAAUCUGAUGUAAGGCUAUGUCGCGUCUCCACACGCUCGGCGUUCUAUAUCUAAUAGCGUCAGUUGUAUGUAAACAAAUCAUUCUUUUUGAAGUGAAUACUUCUAUAUGCUCGCCAGGUACACAUUUUUACGGAAGCCCGGUCACGACAUGAACAAGUUGCAGAGUUACCGUGCACACAACGAGUUGGCGUGCGAGUUACCGUGCGAGUUGUCGUGCAUGCGUUAUGUUGAUGCGUUCACGAACACGGAACCUACAUAACCUAACCAAUCAUAUCAUGUCAUGGAGUGCCGCGAAUCGUUUCAUUUCUUUUUGAGAUUUCAAAGCGAAAGAUCGUCGUUGUUCUUCACAAAGAGUGGCAGUUUUGAGCGAAAACAAAACUUAUAAAAAUACUUUAAAGGUGAAAGUAUUAAAUAAGAGCUGCAUUUUCUUUGUUUUUUGAGGAAACUAUAAAUUAUUACUAACAGCACAUUGGACUACAAUACAGAUAACCAUGGAUAAUGUUCAAGAUGAAAUAACUAUUAUUUCUGGCGAUGAGGCUAUGUCUUUUUCAUUAGAACCAGAUGGAACAUUAAGCCUUGAGUGUGUAAAAGUAUAUUUUCCUGAUGCUCUAGGACUAGUAUGUGAUGUAAAGGACGAUGAAGGAGUGACAAAAGUAAAAGCUUUAUCUAUUAAAAAUGGUCAAAUAAAAAUGGAACCUAACGUUAAGGAAUAUAGGGUACGCUACAAAAGCACGAAAGUUGACAAAGUGGAGAGUAUCGCCACUACUUCUACUUUGAAAGCUAAUGCAACCAAGAAAGAACGUGUGAACUUGUAUCGUCGAAUCAUGGAAGGAAAUAAUAUAAAACCAGCAGGAAAAGAUGAUGAUAUACUCGAAAGACAGAAUAAGAUUUCAGAUUUAAGAAAAGUAUCUCCUUCUCCUGGGCCAGCAAAGCUAAAACUUGCGCCAAAAUAUAAAACUAUCAGUGUUGGAUGGAAACAUCGCUAUGCGGAGGACCUAAAGUACAAUCAACAAAAAUUCCCUGUUGGUGGAAGUAGAAGCUUUCAACUGGAUACUGCUGUAAAAUACAAUGUUGAUGACAUUAUACAAAUGGGUAUAAGGGAAUUUACACAUGAAACAGCUGUAGUGCUACUUAAGUCAUCAACUAUUAAAUUGGGAUUCCAUAACUGUGAAGAGAUCACAAGUUUUAGCUUGCCAAAUGGUACAGAAUGUGGCUUAUUUAAAUACUACAAAUGUAAUAAUUUAUCAUCAAAUCGCAUACAGCUGUAUCUUUUGUCCACUUCAGUGGAAAUGAACGCUUCUUUAUCACAGACUAUAGUCAAAACUGCAGUUGAUACGGUCCAGGAAAAUUAUAACUCUGAAAAUGAAAAUAACACUAACACAGAAGUUGUAGCAAAAAUACAUCAUUUACCAGACAAAAGUUUGAAAGAUAUUACAAAUACCAAUUUUGAUAAUUUUGAUCAACAAGUUAAAUAUGAGGAACAACCAGGACAGAAUACUUCAAAAUCUGAUCGUUCUCCAUGUACAUAUGAACCGUUUAUAAAAGUUGCUUUGAUUAAUAAUUCCAAAGAUGAUGUAAUAAUACAACCAGAACAACAUACUUCAAACUGCGAUCAUUCUCCAUGUGCAUAUGUACCAAUUGGAAAAGCAGCUUUGAUUGAUGAUUCCAAAGAUGAGUUAAUGAUGCAAAAUGAUAAUUUCAAAGAUGAUUUAAUAAUGCAACCACAACAGCAUGUUUCAAAAUGCGAUGAUUCUCCAACUCUACAGAGGAGCCACUUGGAGAACUACCUUUGAAUGAUGAUUUAAUAAUGCAUGAAGAAUCUGUACCUGAAUUUAAUAAAUGUGGGCAAUCAAUCGAAAUCAUCACAAAUAACUUUAACCAAGUAUCAAUUUCGUACAUGGUGAUUGGAGAAUCAAAAUAUUCUAAGGAAACGUAUAUAAGUCACAGAUAUAAGAUUGGUAUUUUCUGGCACGUAGUAGAUAAUGAUGAAGAAUAUGGUAUGACACUGGACCAGGAUAGUUUUGAUCCUACUGAUUUUGGUUAUGAAAUUAGUCAAAUUAUUGUUAAUGGUAAACAUCUGUAUCAAGUAGAAGUUGAUGAAAAUUUACGAAAAGUAUAUAUUUAUCCAGAUUCAAAUGAAGGUGAUCUACACAAAAUCAUUCACAAUACAAAUGAAGUUGUUGGAUUUGCUAAUGACCAUUUAGGAAUUGGGGUGAUUCCAGUUUGUUAUCCAGAAUGUAGCCCCAAUUUUCGUGGUUCAGGAAUGAUAUUUUAUUUAAGGAAGGAAAGAUGCUUAUGUGAUUACAUAAUUUACCAUUGACGUCGGAAGAUACUUGGUACUGUAAAAUAACAUGCAGCGAAGGUUGCAAUGAAACCUCAAAAAAAAUUGUUAUUGGUAAUACUCAAUGCCAAACUGUAAAAUUAACCAUACAAAGUGUGCCAGAAAUAAAAAAGAAAGAUUUUGAUCUUUCAAAGGAAUUGAUUGUAGCUGGUCAGCAAGGCAAAGUUUAUAAAGGCUCUUUUAACAAACAAAUUGUGGCCAUCAAAUGCAUUAAAUUGUAUACAAGGAAUACAAAAAAUGUUGAAAAAGAAAUUGCUGUUCUUGAAAUCAUAAAGCAUGAAAAUUUUAUUCAUUUACUUGCAGUUUCCAGAGAUAUUAAACAAGUAUAUUUGAUAAUGGAGUAUUUUAAAAAUAGUGCUCCUUUAUCAGACGUUAUUUUUGAUGAAGACUUAAAGAAUACGUACAAUUUUAAUCUCAGAAAAAAUGACAUUUCGAAACAAAUAUGUACAGCGAUUGCGUAUCUUCAUGCACAAAGCAAUCCGAUAAUUCAUCGAGAUUUAAAACCCGAAAAUGUAUUGAUAAAUUUGAAUGGUCUCGUAAAGAUUUGCGACUUUGGUCUAAGCCGUUUUUCCAUAACAAUAGCAUCAUUAAGAACUACUGUUGGAUCCAAAAUUAUGGGAACAAUAAUGUACAUGGCUCCGGAAAUCCUCAUUGAUAGAGAAGAGGCCAGUCUCAAGAGCGAAAUUUGGUCACUUGCUUGCAUUCUCUGGGAGAUAUUCAAUGAGAAUAGUAUCUGGGAAGUUAAUGAUCAGGAGGAAUUAGAAGAAAAAUAUCGCAAUAAAGAAGUUCCAAGUAUGAUAAAUAUCCCAGAAGAACUUCAACCUUGUUUACAACAAUGUUUUUCUUACGAAAGUUCGUAUAGACCACUAGCAGCUGACAUUUUAAAUAGUAUUAACAAAUCUAAUGCAUUAAGUUGGAUAUGCAUUACAGAUCUACGUAUUUUAAUAUAUGAUAAGUUAUUAUUUUCUUAAAUAAUGUUAGAAUAAGAAUUUCCAAAGACUACCUAUAGUUAUAUAAGUAUUGACCCAGUUAAAGUUCUCAAAACGUAGAUUAGAAAAAGUUAUUGUAUGCAUAAAGUCUCAAAAAUCUUAUUUAAUAGGUAUAACCAAUACUCACUGAAAAAAAAUGAUUCGUAAAUCCACUACUCUCAGAGUAGCUAAAUAAAAGUCCUAUUCUGAGAGCAGUAAACUUACUGCACAUAAUUGUAAUUUUAUUAUUAAUGACUUUUAUUUUGGUACUCCGAAUGUGAUAGAUUGACAAAUCAUUUUGUACAGGGCUGUAGGUAAAAAAAUGUUUUUGAAAAUUCUCCGAAAUCGUAUUUUAUAUGACUAAUGUAUUAAGUGAAAAUGUACUUUGUUCGUACAGUUAACAUGAUUUAAUAAAAAGUUGAUUAAUACAAAUAAAAA